AUGUAUGACAACAUGUCCACAAUGGUGUAUAUAAAGGAAGACAAGUUGGAGAAGCUUACACAGGAUGAGAUUAUUUCUAAGACAAAGCAAGUGAUUCAGGGGCUGGAAGCUCUGAAGAACGAGCAUAAUUCCAUUUUACAAAGUUUACUGGAAACACUGAAGUGUUUGAAGAAAGAUGAUGAAAGUAAUCUGGUGGAGGAGAAAUCAAACAUGAUCCGGAAGUCACUGGAAAUGCUGGAGCUUGGCCUGAGUGAGGCACAGGUUAUGAUGGCUCUGUCCAAUCACCUGAAUGCUGUCGAGUCUGAGAAACAGAAGCUGCGGGCACAGGUUCGUCGCCUGUGCCAGGAGAAUCAGUGGCUGCGGGAUGAAUUGGCCAACACGCAGCAGAAAUUACAGAAGAGUGAGCAGUCUGUGGCUCAGCUGGAGGAAGAAAAGAAGCAUCUGGAAUUCAUGAAUCAGUUAAAAAAAUACGAUGAUGACAUCUCUCCAUCCGAGGACAAAGACACUGAUUCCACCAAAGAACCUCUGGAUGACCUUUUCCCAAAUGAUGACGACGAACCCGGCCAAGGAAUCCAGCAGCAGCACAGCAGUGCAGCGGCCGCGGCGCAGCAGGGCGGCUACGAGAUCCCGGCGCGCCUGCGCACUCUGCACAACCUGGUCAUCCAGUACGCCUCCCAGGGGCGCUACGAGGUGGCCGUGCCGCUCUGCAAGCAGGCCCUGGAGGACCUGGAGAAGACUUCGGGCCACGACCACCCGGACGUGGCUACCAUGCUGAACAUCCUGGCCUUGGUGUACAGAGACCAGAAUAAAUACAAAGAUGCCGCAAAUCUACUGAACGAUGCCUUGGCCAUCCGUGAAAAAACUUUGGGCAAAGAUCAUCCCGCGGUGGCGGCCACUCUGAAUAACCUUGCAGUGCUGUACGGCAAGAGAGGGAAGUACAAAGAGGCCGAGCCGCUGUGUAAAAGAGCCCUGGAGAUCAGAGAAAAGGUUUUGGGAAAGGAUCACCCCGAUGUUGCGAAGCAGUUGAACAACUUGGCCUUACUGUGCCAGAAUCAGGGCAAAUAUGAAGAAGUAGAAUAUUAUUAUCAAAGAGCCCUUGAGAUCUACCAAACAAAACUGGGGCCUGACGACCCCAAUGUGGCCAAAACGAAAAAUAACCUGGCCUCCUGCUAUCUGAAGCAAGGAAAAUUCAAGCAAGCAGAAACACUGUACAAAGAGAUUCUCACUCGUGCACACGAAAGGGAGUUCGGUUCUGUGGAUGAUGAAAAUAAACCCAUUUGGAUGCACGCUGAAGAAAGAGAAGAAUGCAAAGGAAAGCAGAAGGAUGGGACAUCUUUUGGAGAAUAUGGCGGCUGGUACAAAGCCUGCAAAGUUGAUAGUCCGACUGUUACAACUACUUUGAAAAACCUCGGGGCACUUUAUAGACGACAAGGCAAAUUUGAAGCUGCGGAAACACUGGAAGAAGCAGCCAUGAGGUCCCGUAAACAGGGUCUUGACAAUGUUCACAAACAGAGAGUAGCUGAAGUGCUGAAUGACCCUGAGAACAUGGAGAAGCGGAGAAGCCGGGAGAGCCUGAACGUGGACGUGGUCAAGUACGAGAGCGGCCCUGACGGAGGGGAGGAAGUGAGUAUGAGCGUAGAGUGGAACGGGGACGGCACUGGAUCUUUAAAGCGCAGUGGCUCCUUUAGCAAACUCCGGGCUUCCAUUAGACGCAGCAGUGAGAAGCUGGUUAGGAAGCUGAAGGGAGGAAGUUCUCGAGAGAGUGAGCCAAGGAACCCCGGCAUGAAGCGUGCCAGUUCUCUGAGUGUCCUUAACGUGGGUGGCAAGGCAGCCGAAGACCGUGGUUUCCAAGGCGUCUUCGGUAGAGCCUCUUUUUGUGGAAAAUGAUGGCAGCAGCAGCGGUCUCGAGGACGCCAGCAUUAACUGAAACCACACCCGGCCCUGGAGGACCCAGGACAACACUGCUCGUGUGCAGCCAGAGCCUGCCCUGUGACAGCCAGGGGACGGUCACCGAG